UUUUACUGAUAAAAAUAAUUAAUGGAAACUAAUGAAGUUGGAGAAUAAACUUAAAUUAAGUUACAAUUCUCGUCCACGUUAAAUUCCUGAAAAAACUAUUGCGUCUUAAGAAAUCUCGAAUUUCUUUUCUUCCCUGCAAUGUAAACAAGUCGGUACCCCUCCGUGCCCCGAUGUGGCGCCCAUUGAAAGCUGCACGCCUGCUUUGCAUCAGAUGAUCCAAAAGCGGCAGCCCCGAAAUAGCCUCAGUCGGUCGAGUGAGCGAGAAUGGAGAGCUACCGCUGUCCCGUGUGUCUGCACUCGAGUUUUAACUCGCUGGUCGCCCUGUGGCAGGGCCUGAUGAGCGGCGCCAGUCGGCGCCUCGCGUGUCCCGUGUGCGACGAGGUGAUGCUCGGACUCGACAAACUCACCCUCCACCUGUACGGGCACCUGCCGUCGCACCCCGCGACCGCAGCCCUUCCGGACACGGCGGUGCAAAUCGCCGUGCAGACGCAGCCGAGUUUCCUCAAACCACCGUCGGCGCCACCGCUGACGGCGCCGCAACAGACGUGUCCUGCCGAAAACCAAGCGGGUGUUGUCAUUCCGUGUCCUGAUUUGGAAAUGACCAUUGGUGGCGUGGUUUGUGUGCAACAACAAGAACAACAACAUCAAUCAAUUGUACACGGUUGCAAUCAAUGUCGAGAGUGCGGUAUCUCCUUCUCCAGUCCGGAAAUGCUCGCCUCUCACACAAACCUCGUGCACCCUUGCCAACCUGGUCCGAGCGAGCAAAAAGUUGACCCCGACCAGCAGCACGCGUGUCACUUGUGCUCGCGCAAGUUCAAAAUGAAAGGUUCGCUGAUGGUCCACAUGAGGUUUGUCCACGGCGGCGCCCGAAAAGAGGCGGCGAAGCACAAAAAGCAGAGCAAACAACCGCCGUCGCCGUCGCCGCAGCAGAAUCAAAAAUCGCCGCCUAUGGUGUCACACAUAGAGUCCUCAAUGAGCAGCCCACCUUCUUUUCCCUCAUUAUCCGAUCUGAAGGAACACCUUUCUCCCAUCGAACCUUCCUUUCACGAGCAGCCAAACUCAAAUUUGGCGCCUGCAACCCCCCUGGAGUCUCCCAGUGGACAAUUGUACCAAAUCCAGCAGCCGGGCAAAGAGGACGGGAACAGCCAGAAUCAGUGGAAUCAACUCGUUUCCUCAUGUCUCAACGAGAAUUUCAAAUGGGACAAUAAGUUGUGGGAGUGUGAAGUAUGCGGCAAGAAAUUCACCACUAAGUAUUUCCAGAAAAAGCACCAGCGACUGCACACUGGAGAGCGGCCGUACCAGUGCGGGACGUGCGGCAAGAGUUUCGCCUUCCAGCAGUCCUUCCACAAACACCUGCUUUACCACACAAGCGCCAAGCCGCACGUGUGCCAGGAGUGCGGCCAGGCGUUCAAGGAGUUGUCCACGCUGCACAACCAUCAGCGAAUCCACACCGGCGAACGACCCUUCGUCUGCGAAACGUGCGGAAAGGCCUUCCGCCAGAGGGUGUCUUAUCUUGUGCAUCGCAGGAUUCACACCGGCGCCCUCCCCUACAAGUGCACCGCCUGCAAUAAAUCGUUUCGAUACAAGGUCAGUCAAAGAACCCACAAAUGCACAGCCCAGCCUCCAGGUGACCUUGUGAGGCAAAGCGACCUAGUGCAGCGAUUGAUGUCUCGGAACGCAGCUGCAACUGCCACUGCCCCCAAAGAACCAGAAGUGGAGCCUCUACAGCCUGAUCCGCCACCCCAACCUAUGGUCAUCAUUCAGCCUGCAGAGCCGCUUUUGACCAUAAAUGAGGAAUCGCUCCGGCAGCUUUUGGCCAUUUUUCCACCAAAUUGAUCAUCAAAAAAUCUGGCAUUUCCCCCGAAAGUACAAAAAUGGAUUAUUGUGUGAUAAUUUUCCCACUUAUGCAUUUCAAAAGCAACAAAUCAGUUUUGUGGCUAUAAACUAAUAAAUUUGAGUUAAGUAAUUUCAAUUUUUCUUU